AUGAAACCAUGCCUUGGCCCUUUCACUGAACGUAUCCUCAACUAUCAUCAAGAGAAGGACAUUCAGCCGCUCCGCAUUGCCUUUUACACAGGCCAGGAGGAUCCCCUCACCCAUAUCCGCUCUUUUCAGUCUGCCCUAGGAUGCAAAGGCCUCAAUGUUGAAGGCAUGUGCCUCUUUUUCCCUUCUACACUCAAUGGCGUUGCUCUGAACUGGUUCUAUUGGCUGAACCCACGAACUAUCAACUUCUUCGACAGCUUGAAGCAAACCUUCCUGGACCAUUUUAUGAUCCAGACUAAUCGCUUGUACUCUGCAGACGACUUGUAUAUGCUUCGACAGGGUGAGGACGAACCCCUUCGGGAGUAUGCCGCCUGCUUCAGCCACGAGUAUUCCUGCUGCCCAGUGACAGAUAACCGAGAUGCUUACGGAGCUUUCAAAAGUGGUCUUCGUGAAUCAAACUUUCGCUAUCUUGUCCAUAGCAACCCGUGGAACACUUACACCGAACUCAUGAAGCAGGCAGUAGCACAUGCAAAGGCCGAAUACUUUAACUCCAAGCAUGGCCUAACGAACUCGUCACGGAGCACUUUUGGUCAUCCCCUGCUUGCUUCAACACCCACCCCAGCCAAACCUCACCAUUCUGCUUCUGCCCCCGAUAAUCAGAGUACCCAGCAUCCCAAGAGGAAGGAUGGCUACUAG